AUGGCCGAAGGAUUCAACGGGCAAGUGCUAAUGGAUCAACCCGCCGGCACCGGCAAUCGACCUUACGCCGCCGAAUCGUGGCUUGAGCCAUGGCUCAUCAAGCACUCCGAGUUCUAUCGCAAGCACUUCACCCGUGACGGUCGUCGGGAGAGCAAAUCCACCAGGCGCCACAGCGUUGUCACUGAAGGCCUCGAAUCCAGGAAAAACUCGGUCGCUGUUCCUGAGAUUGAGGCGGCUGCUGCCACCAGCACCGCCGAAGCUGAGGGUACUUCGGCCACUCCUGCUCCCGUUGAGCAACCAAGAGAAAGCGUGGACGCCGAGGCUGCCGCUCAGGUCGUGGCUAAGAAGGAUCGAAUUGGCUCAUUGCGCCGGAGCAUUGGUUGGCUUCCACACCCAUAA